CUGGCCUAGAUCUGUGUUUAACCCCAAAAUGGAUUCCUCUGAAACUCAAGAGCUCACAAAAGAGCAUACCACAGAUCAUCAAUCAGAGAAGUUCUUAUAUCACCAAAAGAGCCAUAUCUCUCAUCUUAGUCCAGACCAUUCAGCAACCACCUUCCUGGUCAUCAUCCGUGAACCCUUCCAAUGGCUCCAUAUGCUCUGCAAAGAACUAAACACAAGCUUUGUGAUUGGUGUUGUAUUAGUCUAUGGCUUCAGCCAAGGCUUCUCCAGUUCAUUCUUUAGGGUUGUUGCAGACUACUAUUGGAAAGAUGUCCAAAAGGUGCAACCAUCUGCAGUUCAGCUCUUCAUAGGGCUUUAUUACAUCCCUUGGCUUAUGAAACCAAUCUGGGGACUCCUCACUGAUGUCUUCCCAAUCAGAGGUUACCAGCGGCGACCCUACUUCGUCAUCGCCGGUGUUCUUGGUGUUGCCUCAGCACUUACAGUCGCUAUUGGAGCUAAAUUAUCAGUCCUUAUGGCAUUGCUUUGUCUGAUUGGGGUUACCGCCGGAGUGGCAAUCGCCGAUGUAAUGAUAGAUGCUUGCAUUGCAAGGAAUAGUAUCGAAAAACCGGCAUUGGCGUCGGACAUGCAGAGUCUGUGUAUGUUUUGCUCAUCUGUUGGUGCCUUGAUUGGGUAUUCCACUAGUGGCAUGUCUGUUCAUCAUUUGGGGUCUCAGGAAUCAUUGGGAGUUUUGGCAAUGCCUGCUGUGUCUCUGAUAGUGUUGGGUUUCUUCAUUUAUGAAUUGAGAAGCAAUCGCCCUUCUGAGAAGAAGGCGUUGGAGAAAGUAGGGGGAGCAAUGAGUGGCAUGUACACCACCAUGAAGUGCCCUCAAGUGUGGCAGCCUGCUCUUUAUAUGUAUCUCUCUUUGGCCCUCAGUAUCAGCACUCAUGAAGGACAGUUCUACUGGUUUACUGACCCAAAAGCAGGCCCUGCUUUCUCUCAGGAGAUUGUUGGAGCGGUAUAUGCAAUUGGUGCAUUGGCCUCUAUUGUAGGAAUCUUAAUCUACCACAAGCUUCUGAAAGACUACCCCUUCAGAAAUCUACUCUUCUGUGCACAACUUCUUUAUGCCAUCUCUGGCGUGCUCGACCUCGUCUUCGUCCUCCGGUGGAAUCUAAAACUUGGGAUCCCUGACUACUUCUUUGUAGUCACAGAGGAAUGUGUAUCUCGAAUCAUAGCCAGGAUAAGAUGGAUGCCCAUGAUGGUACUGAACACUAAACUAUGCCCUGUAGGUAUUGAAGGGACCUUCUUCGCCCUCUUGAUGUGCAUUGACAGUUUUGGCGCGCUCUCUUCCAAGUGGGGUGGUGGUAUGGUUCUUCAUGUGUUACAUGUAACAAGAACAGAUUUUACCAACCUAUGGCUUGCACUUCUCAUUAGGAACUUACUGAGAUUUGCCACAUUGAGUUUGAUUUUUCUCAUCCCUAAAGGGAGUCAGUCAGAUGUUAUGGUUCCAUCAGACCUAUUGAGGAAGACUCAAGCUAUGAUCACAGAAGAUGAAGGAUUGCAACUUGUGGCCACGGAUGAAAAAGUUGAACCUUAAAUGCUUCUGUAUCAAAAUACUAUCAUAGGGGUAAAUGAUUAACUUAUUUACAUUCGAAAUUCAUGCCAACCAAAUGAAGAUCUACAUUUUGGUGAUGGCAAAAUAGUAAUCCUUGUCCCAAGCUCAAUCUCCUUACAUAAAAUUCUGGAAAAGAUAAAGGGCCAAUCCAUACUCCAUAGAAGACCUUAGGAUACCCAAUUAACAGAAAAAAGAGGAUUCUGAAAGAGAGAGAAGUUGUUGCUACCCUUCAAUUAUCUGAUUGGAGGGCCAUGGAUUAAUUCUUUCUGAAUUAGAUGAAUCUGGAAAGAGAUGAGAUAACUAUUGUGCAUCCGCUUCAAAAGUCACUGACUUAUGUCGCAGCCGUAUGCAAAGCUGUGGUACGUGAGAGAUGUAUUGUCAUGGAU